UCGGAUGUCGUCAGGAAAACAAUUUAACUAUUCUAAAGUGGAUGUUGUUGUAUUUUAGAGAUGAUACCCUUGUAAACUUUACUUGACAUAAAGGAUAUGCUUUUAAAUAUUCAGAAAUAUUUAGUGUUUGCUUCCAUAUUUAUUACGUUUACAUCAGCUCAAACCAACCAAGCCAUUACAAUUUGUGAAGACAAGACCUCUACUGUUAGCUGUACUAAUGAUAAAGCGAUCACAAUAGUACGAGCGUUGUUCGGUCGAAAUAGAAACAACCGGGAAUGUCUGUUUUUAAAUGGGAUAUUCAGGAUUGUCAAGAGCUGUUCGGUAUUUGGUGGCAGUACCCUCCGACUAGUUAAGGAUAGGUGUGAAGGUCAACAGUCAUGUCAUUUAACAGCCAACAGAAACAUAUUUGGUGAUCCAUGCAUGCAUGUUAAGAAAUACUUAGAGGUUGUGUAUAAAUGUGUAGAAAGACAACUUCUAGUCCCUGCGAUGACAACCAUUACGGGAAACAUGGAUAUCACAAUAAAAGUCAGAGACAGAAUUAAAGACCCAACAACGAUUUCAAUUUGGAUUCUGAUUGUUGCUAUUGUUGGAUCUGUAGUUUUAAGUUUUAUACUAGCAGUUUGUGUGGUACAUUUGUUUCGGAGGAAGAAAAGACAGAUCAACAAAAAAGAUUAUGUAUGUAAAUAUUUAGAAAGGGAACAACCAGUUGUGAGGAAAAUUCAAUGCGACUACCAGUCAGAAAUAUCAACAGUUUCUAAUCACUUGUAUGACGCACUGGAACCAGAUGAACAUUCUUAUAUCUCUGUUAUAUAGUAUAGUGAAACUUGUAUGUAAAUAAAGGAGCAUGGAAUGAAA